AUAUGAGACACUUGGGCUUGUGGAUCUGGUGGUCAUUGGUGACCACCAAUCGUCAUCUCCCCUUCUCUCUGCUUAACAAUUGGAGUUUUUUAAUUGAACAUGUCUGCAACGGCCAUUGCGUUCGUUUCAACCCCAACUUCUCUCAAUUCAACGCACUUGUCCACUAAAUACACUAAUAAAAUCCUAUUCACUUCCAUAUCCACACCCACCUGUAAUAACUCUAAAACCACAUUUUCUAUACACUAUGGAUCGGUUAAUCGAAGCUCCAAGCUUACUGGAUUCAAGUCGUUUUCUUCUCCUGUUAUGGAGUGGCAGGAUUGCACGGUUAAAAUGGAAAUCGAUGUGCCUGUUUCGGUUGCUUACAAGUGUUACUCUGACCGCGAAUCAAUUCCACGUUGGAUGCCCUUUAUUUCAUCUGUGAAGAUACUGGAAGACAAACCGGACCUCUCAAGAUGGUCGCUCAAGUAUAAAGCAUUUGGUCGUGAUAUUGAAUUCUCAUGGCUUGCUAGAAAUAUGCAGCCAACUCCAAAUCAGAAAAUUCACUGGAGAUCUCUGGAAGGUCUUCCUAACAGAGGUGCUGUUCGAUUCUUUCCUAAAGGUCCCGGAUCAUGUAUAGUAGAACUAACGAUUUCAUACGAAGUUCCUCAACUUUUGGUUCCUGUUGCAUCAGCACUGCAGCCUUUCCUUGAGAGCUUACUCAUACGUGGUUUGGAAAGAUUUGCAACAUUUGCAAAAAGUAAUUAUGCAAGCUGAACCCUAUGCUCUCAACUAGCUGAAGUGCUAAUGUACUGUCCUUUCGUGUGUAAGGAUCAGGCGAUGAAUUUAAUUAUCAGGCUUCUACAAAUGGGAUUUUCGUAAGAAGGUGUAAGGAAGCUAUGUGUAUGAAUCAUGAACUGUAAUAAGUGUCAUUAAAAUAACACCAAGUGGCUUCGGAAUAUUCUGCCUCCUAAA